AUGUCACCGAUGGCACUUGACGUCCUGAAUUGGACUUUGCAGAGGGAUCUCCAAAACAUGAAGUCAACGAGCUCGCACUGUAAUGCGAGCUUGACGUAUAUAUAUAAAGAGGCCACGAGACUGCUGUUCUCCUACAUCAUCUUCAACAUCCUCACCAAUCCUACAAGUAAGUCCAACUCUGUGUCGUACAAUCUUUAUCCCAAGAUGCGUUUCUCGACUAUUGCCGCACCUGUGAUGGCCCUCUUCGCCACUUCCGCCUAUGCUGGUGUCAUGAAGCGCGAUGCGACCUCUGAUCUUCUCAUUCAGCAACUCAGCGAGCUUACUCAAAUGUCCAAGACCUUCACACCCCAGAUCAGCGCCAUCAAAGCCGGCGGUCUGAUCGCUAAGAGGCAAUCCAACCCUUUCCAGUACAAUGUUCUGAUUUGUCUUGUAACGCCUAUCAUCGACGACUUCCGAGCUUUCAUCGAGAAGGAGACUGCCGAUAUCCAGACUGUUGGAAGCAUGCCCCCAGUCUCCGAUGAGACAGCCCAAAGGCAAGUAUGCUCGGCCUAUUCGACUUUUGUGCAGGCCCACCAAGAGCUUCUCAAGGUUGUGAUUGGAAAGUCCGGUCUGCUGGAAGGCAUCUUCCUCGGCCCUGUCGCUGCUGUUCUGCGUUCCCAUGAGGGCGCUCUCGAUACUGUUUCUUUCAUUACAAUUGACUCUGUGGCCUCCUGCGCGGAGGAGGUCACCAGCCAAAAGAGCUCCCUGGAUGACACACUUGGCAAGGCCAUCUGUGCUUAUACUCCCAGCGGUUCUCUUGGCCUCGAUCUGUUCUGUGAGAGUGCAGUAACAUGGUCCAGCAGAUGUAUGUAUGGACGAGAUGCAGAGUUGUGUCACAAUCCGAUUGUGUAUAUUCAGACAGCAUGUACGGUAUGCUAUGCCGACGAAUACAAUGUGUUCAAAUACUUCAAGUGUAGAAUCCGCAAGUAG